UCCGCCCGGCCGGGCCGCCAUUCUCGCCGUGAGACAGCAGGAGCGGAGCCGUGCGAUGCUGUCCGCCGCCGCCGCCGCCGCGUACUCGGGACCCGGCAGAGACCUGGCCAUGGAGCCUCACGGCGUCGCGGGCCCUCUGCAGCUGCGAUUUUCGCCCUACGCUUUCAACGGAGGUACUGUACUGGCAAUUGCUGGAGAAGAUUUUUCAAUUGUUGCUUCUGACACUCGCUUGAGUGAAGGGUUUUCCAUUCACACACGGGACAGCCCCAAAUGCUACAAAUUAACAGACAGAACAGUCAUUGGAUGCAGUGGUUUUCAUGGAGACUGUCUCACCCUGACAAAGAUUAUUGAAGCAAGACUGAAGAUGUAUCAGCAUUCCAAUAACAAGGCCAUGACCACCGGGGCAAUCGCUGCAAUGCUGUCCACAAUCCUCUACUCAAGGCGCUUCUUUCCGUACUAUGUUUACAACAUCAUCGGGGGGCUCGACGAAGAAGGGAAGGGAGCUGUGUACAGCUUUGACCCAGUGGGGUCCUACCAGAGAGACUCCUUCAAGGCUGGAGGCUCAGCCAGUGCCAUGCUGCAGCCCCUGCUCGACAACCAGGUUGGUUUUAAGAACAUGCAGAACGUGGAGCAUGUCCCACUGUCCUUAGACAGAGCCAUGCGGCUCGUGAAAGACGUCUUCAUUUCUGCUGCCGAGAGGGACGUGUACACUGGUGAUGCACUCAGGAUCUGCAUCGUGACCAAGGAGGGCAUCCGGGAGGAGACCGUUCCUCUGAGGAAGGACUGAUUUCUGUGCUCUUAACAUUGAUCAGUUCAAAACUGGUUAACUUUGUAGCUUGAAACUGUCGGACUUUGUUUUAUUAAAAAAUAAAACUCAGAGCACUC